UGUGUGUCAGUCGCUGUGCAAGCCAUCCACCCCCUUACACCUGCACAUAUGCCCGCACACCCCACGCACACACAUAGCACACCCACGUAGCUGCGUCUCCUGCCUCACUUCCUCCCGCCACUUUCUGCAAACUUGUCCGCAUGGACGCCAUCGGGAGCCCCUUUAGGAGAACUAUGGAUGCGAGGACGAGCAGCUACGGUUACUGCCGCUUAGCCGGCGCCCCCUCCAGCGGCUUCCGCUCCUCCCAGACGACGUGGUCCCGGGCCAGUCCCGGCUCCGGCGUGAGCGUGUCGUACCGGAGGAGCGCGAACAAGCCCCGCACAGAGAUCACGGAGCUCAGCCAGAGUUCGCUGCUGAGCGCGGACGCCUGCAGGCGCUCCAACGAAAAGGAGCAACUCCAAGGGCUCAACGACCGCUUCGCCGUGUACAUCGACAAGGUGCACUACCUGGAGCAGCAGAACAAGCAGAUCGAGGACGAGAUCCAGGCCCUGAGGAGCCAGCAGGCGUCCCGCUCCCAACUGGGCGACCACUACGACCGGGAGCUGCAGGAGCUGCGCGACACGCUUGAGCAGAUCCACCGCGACAAGGCGCAGAUUCAGCUGGACGCCGACCACCUGGACGACGACAUCCAGCGAGUCAGGGAGCGCCUGGACGAGGAAGCCCGCAUCCGCGAGGACGCCGAGGCCAUCAUCCGCGUCCUCAAGAAGGACGCCGGAGAUUCUGAGUUGCUUAAGUCCGAGCUGGAGAAGAAAGUGCAGUCCUUGCAGGACGAGAUUGCCUUCAUCCGCAACAACCACGAAGAGGAGGUGAGCGAACUGCUGGGUCACAUCCAGGCGUCCCAGGUGACCGUGGAGCGCAGGGACCCUCAGAGGGCCGACAUCACCGAGGCUCUGCGGGAGAUCCGCAGCGAGCUGGAGGGCCACUCCAACCAGAACCUGCAGCAGGCGGAGAGCUGGUUCGUGUGCCACUACGCCAAACUCAACGAGGCGGCGGAGCAGAACAAGGACGCCAUCAAGUCCGCCCGGGACGAGAUCAGCGACUACCGGCGCCAGCUGCAGACCAAGACGGUCGAGCUGGAGUCAGUCCGCGGCACAAGAGACUCGCUGGAGAGGCAGCUGAGUGACAUCGAGGACCGCCACAACGGCGACCUGUCCAGCCUGCAGGAGACAAUCCACCAGCUGGAUAAUGAGCUCAAGAGCACCAAAUGGGAGAUGGCACGUCAUCUGCGUGAGUACCAGGACCUGCUCAAUGUCAAGAUGGCCCUGGACAUCGAGAUUGCUGCAUACAGAAAACUCCUGGAGGGCGAGGAGACCCACUUCAGCACUUACUCCCAUCGUCCGGCUGUCUCCGCCUCCAAGAUGUCAAGGGUUAUGUCAGAAGCUCCCAAAAUGAAAGUGCAACAUAAGUUUGUAGAUGAGAUCAUUGAGGAGACCAGGGUGGAGGAUGAAAAGGCCGACAUGGAGGAGGCCCUGGCUGAGAUAGCACAGGAGCUCUCUGCCACACUGGAAGGCAGCGCUGGAGAAGAAGAGGAGGAGGAUGAAGAAGAAGAUGAAGAGGAAGAGGGGGAAGGUGAGGUGGCUCAGGAGGAAAUCAUAGCUGCAACUGAUGCUAAAGUUAGUUCACAAGCACCCGUCAAGGAAGAAGAAGGGGAUGAAGAGGAAGAUGGGGAUGAGGAAGAAGAGGGUGAAGAAGGUGAGGAAGAGGAAAAUGAAGAAGAUGACGAUGAGGAGAGCAAAGGAGAUGAUGAGGCAAAUGACGAGGGAGAAGUGGAGGAAACCAUCCUAUGUGCCAAAGCUCAGGGGAUUAAAGCCUUGCUUGAGAAGGCAAAAGUCGAGGAAUUACAAGAGGAAGAAGAGGCCAGUGGGGGAGAAGAGGAAGCCGAAGAAGAGGAUGAGGAAGAAGAAAAGUAUAAAGCAGAUAACAAGGACAAAAAGGGCGAUGCAAAAACUGAGGAAACUAUUGUAGCCAAAGUGGAAGUUCAAAAAACAGGAGCUAUAAAAGUUGAAGCCAAAAAGGAAGAAAUUGUCAAAACCAAACCAGCAAAACCAGAGUCUCUCAAACCUGAAUCCCCCAAAACUUGUUCUCCUCAAUCAGAAUCCCCAAAACCGAGUUCUCCAAAGUCAGUAUCUCUAAAGGUUGGUUCACCGAAAACUGAAUCCCCGAAACCGAGUUCUCCAAAGUCAGAAUCUCCAAAGGCUGGUUCACCUAAAUCUGAAUCCCCAAAGGCAAGAUCUCCGAAGUCAGAAUCCCCAAAACCUAGUUCCCCAAAGUCAGAAUCCCCCAAACCAACUUCCCCGAAGUCAGAAUCCCCAAAGGCUGGUUCUCCGAAGUCAGAAUCUCCAAAACUUAGCUCCCCAAAUUUAGAAUCUCCAAAGGCUGGUUCUCCAAAGUCAGAAUCUCCAAAAACUAGCUCCCCAAAGUUAGAAUCUCCAAAGGCCAGUUCCCCGAAGUCUGAAUCCCCAAAACCGAUCUCCCCAAAGGCUGGUUCCCCAAAGUCUGAAUCCCCAAAACCUGUCUCCCCAAAGGCUGGUUCCCCAAAGUCUGAAUCCCCAAAACCUGUCUCCCCAAAAGCUGAAUCUCCUAAAUCAGAAUGCCCCAAGAGCGCACCACCCGAAGAGGACACACCAAAGAUUAGCUCUCCUAAAGCAGAAUCCCCUAAAUCAGAAUCUCCAAAGCCUGCCUCCUCCCCCAAAGACGAUUUACCAAAAGCUCAUUAUCCAAAAGCAGAAUCUCCUAAAUCAGAAUCACCAAAGACAGUAUCCCCAAAAGCAGAAUCCCCUAAAUCAGAAUCCCCCAAGCCUGCCUCCCCCAAAGAAGAGUCAAAGGCCAUCUCUCCAAAAGCAGAGUCCCCCCAAUCAGAAUCGGCAAAAGCUGACUCACAAAAGGCAGAAUCUCCCAAAACAGAACCUACCAAAUCUAAAGUGCCACAGCCUGACGAAGUCAAAAAGAGCGACUUGACGGAAGACAAGAUGACAAAAGACGUAGCUAUGAAUGGAGACGUAGACAAGACCAGCCCAGUGCAGGAAGAGAUAAAGGACGAGGGCGACAAUGUGAUCACUAACGGCGUAGACGAGAGCCUAAUCAAAGAUGACGGCAGUCAGAAGGUGGUGAUCACCAAAACCGUGGAGACCAUAACAACUGGGGACAACGGCUCGCAGCUGGUGACUAAGUCUGUCACUGUAACAGAGACGGUGAAGGAGGUGGAGGAAGUGCUGCAGGACACGAUGGUCUCCACCGUCAAGACGGAGAAGCACUCCAUCCAAUCUAUCAAGCAGGUGACGGAGAGCGAAUGAGAGAUUGGUCGACGAGAAGAAAAGCGGAACUUACAUAAGAGAACACAUACUGCUAGAGCCACAUACACAACCUAGAAAGAAGCCAGACAAACGCUACAAAUGUUAGAAAUGCAUGUUUGCAGAUGCACUGAGGGGGGGCAGCCAUUGAGACUUUUUGCUUUGUGUUCUUUCCACAGCUCACUGAUGAGCUUGUAGUUUUGGGGGUGGGCGGGGCUUUGCAUGCUAGCUCAUGGGCUGAGAGAGGGCACUUACCUCUCCAAUGUAUGUACUGUAAGUAUGUUAAGAAUAGACCGUAAAGAGACAUAUUAAGAGAUAGACUGUAAAGCGAGUGGGUGGGACAUUUUUCUUUUUCAAAGUAAAUGAUGACAGGGAGAUAAGGUGUGUGAGAGGGCGAAGGGGCUGUGUGCAAUGUAGCCUUACUUGAUAUACAUGAAGAUUGCGACUCAGCCAAAAAAAUACUGUGCACACCUGCAGCAUAUGAAUGACAACCAGACGAUCAUGUGACCCUACGCAAUACUCCGAUGCUAUUCAUGAACCUUAUGAAACUACUAGCCUUAAACAUGCUUUUUCAUCCAUGUCUGUUAUGUUUACCUGGUUGCAAAUGCAAAGAAAAUACUGUACUAGUGUAGAGAAUCGCAUUCUGGUAUAUAUGCAUAAGAAUGGACUUGAAAUGCAAAACAGAAAUAUGAGGUGCUACUGUUUGCAGUCCCAAGAUCUUACUCAUCAACAACAAUUUCCCAGCAACAUUUGCUCAAUAAACAUAAUCAUAAUGAUUACAAA